CACAACAACAGCUGCUACAACAACAACAACUGCUGCUCCAACAACAACAACUGCAGCUCCAACAACAACAACAGCUUCUCCAACAACAACAACUGUCCCAACCACUACAUCAGCUGCUACAACCACAACAACCGCCCCAACCACUACAACUGCUGCUACAACAACAACAACAGCUGCUCCAACAACAACAACAGCUGCUACAACCACAUCAACUGUGGCACCAACAACAACAACAGCUGCUCCAACAACAACAACUGCUGCUCCAACAACAACAGUUGCUACAACCACAACAACAGCUGCACCAACAACAACAGCAGCUGCUACAACCACAACAACAGUGGCACCAACCACAACAACAGCUGCUACAACAACAACAACAACUGCCCCAACCACUACAACUGCUGCUCCAACCACAACAACAGCUGCUCCAACAACAACAACUGCAGCUCCAACAACAACAACUGCUGCUACAACAACAACAACAACAGCUGCUCCAAC